AUGCCGGUGAUUAGUGAGUAUCCGGACGUAUUUCCGGAGGAGUUGGAGUCAUUGCCACCCGAAAGAGAAAUUGAAUUUAAGGUUGACCUAGCACCCGGAACUACUCCCAUUUCGAAAACCCCUUGUCGAAUGGCACCCGUCGAACUUAAGGAGUUAAAAGUUCAGUUGCAAGACUUGCUAGAACGGGGAUUCAUACAUGAGAGCGAGUCACCAUGGGGUGCUCCAGUGCUAUUUGUUAAAAAGAAGGACGGGAGUUUAAGGUUAUGCAUUGAUUAUCGAGAUAGCUAUACGGUUUAUACCGAUGCUUCAAGAGAGGGGUUAGGGUGUGUUUUGAUGCAAAAUAAAAAUGUGAUUGCCUACGCAUCUCGGAAGUUAAAGCCUCAUGAGCAAAACUAUCCAACCCAUGACUUGGAGCUUGCAGCUAUUGUGUUUGCCUUGAAGAAAUGGCGGCAUUACUUAUACGGGGUGACAUUUGAGCCGGUGGAGCUGGUGGUUGUUGCGGUUGGAAAACUGGGUGCAGCUGGUAGGAAUGAAAGUGCAGAAUGGGUGGAACUCGCUCACGGUUUCUCCCUGGUUUCACUCUAG